GGAGCUGACCUAAGAACACAACGGUUAAUCAUCCACUAUCGGGCAGGGACAGGCAGAGUGAGAGAGCAAGAGAGGAGCCGGUUGAGCAGCUGAAUGACACUUUGAGGCAUUUGCACUUGUUAAAAGGCAAAAUAACGAAAGAGGAAAAGAGGAGUCGUACAUCAGACAGUUGGAACAAAAGGAUCUACUCACCUGAGAGUGGAUAAUAGAAAUCUGCAUUUGAAGACGCCUCUUGCUGAUUAAGGAUUUGAGUUUUACUUUAGUCUUGCCUGCUGCGAUUAAACUCCAGCAUUGUGUGUCUGCUUGUGUGCAUUUGUGUGUUAGCAUGUUCGUUCUGUAAGGACUGUCCUGUUUUUGGAUUCAAUUGUGAGCACAAGGGGAGGCCACAUGGGGCCCGGGCCUUGUCCGGGAUGCCAGCUGCUGCGGUGAAGCCUGCUCUGGACAUGGUUGCCGAGGGAGGGGACGUAGGGGAGCGCGGGGUGUCCCAGUGGGAAGCCUCUGGGCUGGGCCGGCAGAGGCUGCCUCUGCCCUCCCUGAAGGUCCCCAGAGAGCUGCUGCGAAGCUUCCCCCACUCCAAACGGGUUGGAUCCUACCUGGUGGGAAAAAUGAUCAACAAGGGCUCAUUUGCCAAAGUGAUGGAGGGGCUGCAUAUCAGCACAGGGGAAAAGGUAGCCAUUAAGGUGAUAGACAAAAAAAAAGCACGACAGGACUCCUAUGUACAGAAGAACAUGAAGAGGGAGCCUCGCAUUCAUCAGAUGGUGCGACACCCUCAUAUUGUAGUUCUGCUGGAGACUCUGGAGACUGAGAACAGUUACUACAUGGUUAUGGAGCUCUGUGCUGGAGGAGACCUGAUGGACAGGAUCUGUGAGAGGAAGAGGCUGGAGGAGCGGGAGGUGCGGCGCUACACCCGACAGAUCCUCUCUGCUGUGGAACACCUGCACAAACACGGCAUCGUGCACAGAGAUUUAAAAAUCGAAAACUUCCUUCUGGAUGAACACAACAAUAUAAAGAUUGUGGACUUUGGCCUGAGUAACACCCUCAAGGCUGACUCUUUAUCUCUGGAGCUCCUCAGCACCCAGUGCGGAAGUCCAGCCUACGCCGCCCCGGAGCUCCUUGCUCACAGGAAGUAUGGACCCAAAGUGGAUGUGUGGUCUGUAGGCGUGAGCAUGUUUGCAAUGCUGACAGGAACUCUGCCUUUCACUGUUGAGCCGUUCAACAUCAAACAGCUGCACCAGAAGAUGGUCAACGGGGAGAUCAGCAGCAUCCCCAGUGACAUCAGCAAAGGUGCUGUGUCAUUUGUGUUGUCUCUCCUGGAGCCCGACCCAGCGAAGAGACCCAGUGUUAGAGCUGCCAUGGAGGAGAGAUGGAUAAAUGAGGGCUUUUCCAAAAAAGCUCUGCACACUCUCUCUCAUGAAAACAGGUUGUCUCCAGAGGAUCUCAACUCGACCGUGCUAGAAUACAUGACAGAGACACUGGGAUAUUCCCUCUCUGAAAUCAUGCACACGGUCACCACCAACCGACCCUCGGCCCUCAUGGCCUCCUAUCACCUGCUGCUCAGCCGGCUCAACAGGAGUCAGAAAGGAGUCAAAGCCAGCAAGAAGCUAGAGAAUAACGACUGGAGUCUUCCCAGCAAGAAUACAUGGAAAGAGAGGAAUAACACUGAAUCACAGACGCCACAACAGAAUGAACCAACCAACGAAAAAAGCUUGAAGCAGCUGAGCAAGCCUCUGAGGAACCAACAGACACGUGAAUGUAAGAGCAGCAGAAAGAGGACUGAGAACCUGCACAGAGAGGGUGACGAGAAUCGGUCACCGUCUCCUUCUCUACCCCAGCCUCCUCACUCUGCCUCUCCGUCCUUACCCCCUCGUCUUCCCUCUCCUUCCCCUGCACCUCUGUCUGCAGAGGAUAGGGCUACUGAUGAGGAGACCUUAGAUGCCAGAGAGACACUGUUUGCGGAAGUAACUGUUUUUGGAGACAGGGAACUCGUCCACCUUUCUCCUCCUAAAAACUCCACAUCUCAGCUCUGUGACUCCGCCCCUUGCCAAGUUCCCUUACCUGCUGAGCCAAUCAGAGAUAGCAGCGUGUCAAGACCAGUCCGAAAUACGCACCUGCUCAGGACUACUCAGUCAGAUGGCGCUGCGGACCCCGGGUCAGACUGCUUCAGAGGCACCCGACGCCAGGAAGAUUCUCAUCACCUGAGCAUCAAUGAGCGACUGGAGAAGCUGCAGACGUUUUAUUCAUCCGAGAAGAACGGCACGUCUCCCAGGACGCUCCUGGACACUGACGCGCGCACCACACACUCCUUAGACAGAGACCACUUGGGUUCUGUUGAGGCGUCACAGACUUCGCCCUCUUCCCCCCUCCCACGCCUACACAACGUGGCGCUUAAAGAUGGGCGGGGAAGGAAGAUGACAUGGGCAGGACUGACCCGACCCGGGCCCCCGAGACUCCUAGUGAAUGGGUCUAAACCUCCUGCUUUGCCCUCACAAAGACAGCAUACUCUGGUCUUCAAGAACCUCAGGCAGGAGAGGGGAAGGAGGAAAGAGCUGUCUGCAACACGAGGAGAGAGAGUAGCAGGAGGGAUAAAUGGAGCCAAGAGGAACUCCGUUCAGUUGCGCUCGUCUCUCCAGCGUCGCGUGGCAGACCUGAACCUUCCACUGCUUUCUGCAGGCCUGCAGGGGAAACCUGACAGGAAGAGUCAGCUACAGAGCAUGGACUACUGACACAAAGAUGGCAGGAUUUGAUAGAGUUGCAGGGACAGUAACUAAAGAAGUAUUCAGUAAAUACUGGUGUCAACAGAAAUAAUGGCGAGCGUCAGAAUAAACAUUGCACACAUUUUUGGAACAGCUUUAAAUGGCAGCUACAGAAAAAUACAAUCCUAAAGAUAUUACUUUCUCACUCUGCUGUUCUGUUCAUGCCUUUUCUCACCAGCAGGGUCAGUGCUGCAGUGCCAAAACUCUUAACAAUAGUCACACAACUCCAGUGUCCAUCAACAAGACUUUGGUCGAGCACCUGUCAAGCAUGUUGUUCUUGAAUUUCAAUGUGCUGAUCUCCACUGAUACAAUGUCAAAGGCAGAAUUCAAACUGAUGCUUUUUGCUUUGUUUGUAUUCACUCUUCUGAAAUAGAUUUUUGUACUGACAUUGAAAGUAAAAGCAAUCCUGGAUACUG